AUGGCCGACGAUCAGCCCAUCCAGCAAAAACAUACCCUUUCGGAGUUCACCGAGGAGGAGGGCCUCACCCCCUCGCAGCUCCACGCCUUCAACCGCGACGGCUUCCUCAUCAUCCCCGACGCCCUGCCGCCGUCCACCGUCUCCGCCUUACUCGCCGAGACGCAUCACCUCCUCGACUCCCUGGACCUCUCCACCCACCCGCUGACCCGCUUCCAGACGGGCGGCGAGACGGGCAACAACCACGUCGGGGACGAGUACUUCCUGACGUCGGGCGACAAGAUCCGCUUCUUCCUGGAGGAGGACGCCUUCGACUCCCAGGGACAGCUGGCCAAGCCCAAGCACCGCGCCGUCAACAAGAUCGGGCACUACCUGCACGGCCUCUCGCCCGCGUUCGCCUCGCUACUCACCACCUCGCCCGACGACGACGAUGAUCCGCGGGGUGCUGGUGGCUACGUGGCCGGGAUGAAGGCCAGGCCCGCCGCCGUGGCGAAGGCGCUGGGCUACUCGGACCCGCGCGUGCUGCAGAGCAUGGUGAUCUGCAAGCAGCCCGAGAUCGGCGGGGCGGUGCCGCCGCACCAGGACUCGACCUUCCUGUACACGGACCCGCCCAGCGCGGUCGGGUUCUGGUACGCGCUGGAGGACGCGACGCUCGUGAACGGUUGUCUGAGCUUUCUGCCCGGGUCGCACCGCUGGUCGGGGAUUGAGAGGAGGCUGGUGAGGAAGAACGGGACGGCGGAAGGGACCGAGAUGGUUCCCAAUACGGAAGGGAGGAAAUUCCCCGCCGGCGGCGGGGAAUUAUUCUUCGGGGAAGAAACGCGGGAGCUGGUGAAGGAGCAGUUUAGAAAGGAAGGGCUGGAGUAUAGGGAGGACGAGUAUGUCCCCGGGGAGGUCAAAGCGGGCUCGCUGGUGCUGAUCCACGGGAAUUUGCUGCACAAGAGUGAGAAGAACACCAGCCAGAAGGGGAGGAUUAUCUAUACCUUCCAUAUCAUCGAGGGCGACGAACAGACUUGCAAGUAUGAUGAGCGGAACUGGUUGCAACCGCCUGCCGAAGGGUUCACGCGGUUGUAUACGGACAAAUGA